GAAUUCGCUAGCGACACAGUUAAUUGUUGCAAACAUUAUAGGCAAACGAGUGAGCGAGCGCACUUCUCUUUCACGUUAGCCGCACGAUUUAUUUUCCUUUCCAUAUAUUCUUUGCAUAUUCAACGCGCUGGUCGCCGCAAUUUCAUCGAGCAUCCUCCCAAUCGUUGCGACAUGAAGCUGCGCGUAUAAAGUCGAUAAAACCGUUAAGAGCACUUUGCAAAGUAAUCCUAUCCAAAAACAAUUAAUGGAAUUUAGUGAUAAUAUUUACAUUAAAACAACUUAAAUAAAAUAUAUUAAAAAAUCAAAAACCAACAGCUUCUCUCAGCUACUGUGAACAUCUGAACUACAUAAAUAUAUACAUACAUACCCACCUUAUGUACACACGUAUAUAAAUAAGUAAAUAAGAAAGCAACAAAGAACACAACAGCAUGUCCGAGCUGCAAGUUAUCUCCACAAAUUACACAACCACCUCCAAAGACACACUGGAGCUGUUCGAACUGCCACAGAAUUAUUCCGUACUCAUUAAUAAGUUAGAACGUCUGGCGCUAGGUCUGGACACAGCCUUGGGCAAUCUCUCGUUGGAUCGGAAAGAAAUCGAAGUGGCUGUGGGCGGCUCAAACGAGUUUCUGGACCCGUUUAGUGGUCCAGCGGCGGGCGGUCAUAUACAGCCGCCCCGCAGUGCAUACAGCCAUCAUGAGACCGAAAUACCGUUAGUGGUGAGUGACAUUUGGAUCGGAGUCAUACUGACGCUACUCAUUGUAUCGGUCAUUUUCUUCAUUUGUUCCUGCUUUCUGUACCACAAAUUCCAAGAGUGGAAGAAUUCAUAUCGGACAAAUCCUGAACCCUUAGAGAUAUGCCGUCACUACCCACCAAAUUACGAAGUGGAAUCACUUCCGUCUUAUACCAUUGUCUCAGGGUUGCCAACCUACGAUGACGCUCUAGAAGAGUUUCGAAAAGCGGGCAUCAUUCUAACUCCACCCAUGCCAGUGGUGAAAAUAUUCGAAAAAGAUCCAGCGGCCGCUGACAAUACGGGCAAAGAAAAUCAAAUCUUCAAUAUGGAAAACUGCGUGGGUACCGACAACGACAACGUCUCAGUAACUUCGACCUGCACCUGUGGAGCGGUAAACAAUACAAACUCUAACAAUCCAAACUCGAUAUACACUGUGCCAUCGCCACUUGCACCACAAGUCAUCGAACUAUCACCCGAACAAUUGGCGGCACUGUCACAAAAACGUCUUUCGUUACAAAUAACCUUUAACAAUUCCGUGCGUCGCAAUUCCCGCCCCCGUGGUAUCGAUCUCUAUCGCCAGGUGAAUCGUAAUAACUUGCUGCGCUCACAAGCUGCUGCUGCCGCCGCUGCUGCCCGCGACGGGUUCCCACAAAUUCACCGCUCAUCGUCGACGCUGACUUUGUCCAAUGAACCGAAUAUGUUGGAUCGACAUCUUAUGCAACACCUGCAGCACCGAGGCUCUCUUUAUUAAGUCCCUGAGAAGCUCUGCAUGCGUUGCAAACUCGUCGCCAAGAAUAUACCAUUAUUAACUAUACUUAUACGAAUAUAAAUCAUUAUUGAACUGUUGAAUAUACUUACUUGUAUACACACACGUUAAUAUGUUAAAUGUAAAAAAUUCUCUUACAAUUAGUAUUUUAAAUGUAGGUAUGAAUAUUUAGUUUAAAGCAACUGUAAAAACAUACGCACAUAAUUCUGUAGAUGUAAUACUGUAAAAAAUCAGUUAAUAAACAAUAUACAAAUAUGUACAUAUAUUA